AUGGCCAAGGAUUCAAUGAGAUUCACCUUCCAAAAGCCAAACAUGGAUUUAGAUAAUGAUGAAGAACUGUUGGCAUGUUUUGACGAGCAUAAUAGACGAGUGGUGGAAACUGUUCCAGAGGAUCGUUUAUUAGUUUAUCAACUUGGUGAUGGUUGGGAACCACUAUGCAAAUUUCUCAAUAUUCCUGUCCCACAAAAUAUACCCUACCCAUGUGUUAAUGAUCGCGUUGAGAUGAUGAAUAUUACAGAAUUGAAGAAGAAACAGGCAACGUGA